CAUACUACUCCAUCUUCUCCAUCUUCUUCUCAGCUUUUAUGAUUUUUUUUUUUCCCGCGCUCUUGCGUCAUCGUGCACUCGGCGGCACGCGCAGGUCCGCGCGCGCCCGAGACUAUAAAAGCGCAGCCCGCGCUGAAGCGCGAGCGAAAGUGCAACACAAGCACAAACGCUCCUGUUGCUGCUUGUACCUGAGAAAACAACUGAUAAAAAAACAAACAAACAAACAAACAAACCUGUGAGUAAUUUUCAACGUAUUGUUUUGGAAGUACCGUGGUGUCCAGGUGUGGGCAGAUAAAUCGCUUAUCAGUGUGUGGGAAGAGGUUUUAGUGGAGCAGAAACACGCACUCGAGCGCGCGACAGCGUUUCCAGUCCACUUUACUGCCAUGCUGCAUCACCUGGAUAUGCUUUUCAGCUUUCUUUUCAUCCCAUGACCUUUUUUUUUUAAUAUAUAUGAAUUGAAAUUCAGUUAGUUCAUGGACAACAUCACUGGAACGCAUUAUGGAUUAAAGACGGACACCUAACGAGCACCAAGGACCAACUAUUAUUAUAAAUAUUUAUAGCCUAGAUAUACAUAUAUAUAAAAAUAUCUUUUUUUUUGCACGCGCUGCAUCCAAACGCGCUGCAUCCUCACUUCCAUCAGCAUCUUAUUGGCGAUGCUCAAGCGGUAAAGGACGACACAGGAGCGCAGAUGACUUUCACGCAAUUUCUGGAUGACAUUUGCAUUUGCAAAUAGAACGAGAAGAGAAGAGAAGAGCAGAGAAAAGAAAGAGAAAGCAAGAAGAUCAUGAAGAUGUCUCCUCCAGACCGAAGGAAAAGCAUGCGCGAGCUGGCGCUGGAGAUCGGAAUCCGAGUGCUGCUCUUCGGAGUUUUCGUGUUCACUGAGUUCCUGGAGCCAUUUGAAAGAGUUAUUCAGCCUGAAGAGCUGUGGCUCUACAAGAACCCUCUGGUGGAAUCAGAUCUCAUCCCCAAGAGAGUCAUGUUUGCUAUAUCGUUCCUGACCCCCCUGGCUGUAAUCUUUGUGGUGAAGAUCAUACGACGAACAGAUAAGACCGAAAUCAAAGAGGCAUGUUUGGCUGUGUCUCUCGCACUAGCACUGAACGGCGUCUUCACAAACACCAUUAAGUUGAUAGUUGGCAGGCCAAGACCAGAUUACUUUUACCGCUGCUUCCCAGACGGCCAGGUGAAUGCGAAAAUGCUGUGCACAGGAGAACCAGGCCUGGUGUCUGAGGGCCGAAAGAGUUUUCCCAGCAGCCACUCAUCCUUUGCUUUCUCUGGCCUGGGCUUCACCUCCUUCUACUUAGCAGGGAAGCUGCAUUGUUUCACAGAGAGUGGGCGUGGACGCAGCUGGCGCCUCUGUGCCAUGAUCCUGCCCCUCUACAGCGCAAUGAUGAUCGCUCUGUCCCGCACCUGUGACUACAAACAUCACUGGCAAGACGCCUUUGUCGGUGGUGUGAUCGGCCUGCUGUUUGCCUACAUCUGCUACCGGCAGCACUACCCACCUUUUCUCCACACAGACUGCCACCUGCCUUAUGCCAGCCUGGCACUGAGCACCACCCGACAUGCGCCAGUCUCCCAGGAGGUGCCUCAGGCUACGGACAAUGCCACGAGCCUGCCUCUGGAGGGCAUCACCGAGGGGCCUGUAUGACUAAUGGAGCCCCCCUCCUUCACCGCCCGCUUGGUAUGACCCACACAGACUGGCUGACUCUUGUACAUUCCAGUGGGUCGUCCAGUUCCUGUUCAUUUUAUCCUUCACUGGUACUCUUUCUUUUUCCGUCUUGUGUUUAAUACUGAUUUACUAGCCUCAUUUGGGAUACAUUUACACUCACUACACUUGUUGAUGGCGAGUGUAGACCAUUUCUGUGUAGCAGGAACGAGAGAAUAAUAAAGAGAGAGGAAGACUCGUUGAAGUGGCCUGUAUAAAUUGAGAUGAUUAAUGAUAGCACAAAACGAAGGCAAAGUCCAGCAUGUUGUAUUUUACUAUUACAGAUAUGGAAAUGUUCAGUGUAUAAUAUGUAUAAUAAUGUGAGGUGAUUGGAGGGAAGGCAUUGUAAUAGAAGUCACAAUCUGUCUAUUUUGAUGUUUCUUUUAUCUUUUCUCAUUACUUUUCCAGUUCUGACUUAUUUGUUUUAUUACACUGGGCAGAAAAAAAAUGCUUUUCAGAGAUACUUGGUGAACUCGCUGGUUGUCCAUGGUAACAUUCAGAUAUAUAUAGAUCUCCUUCUCAUUUCUCUGUCCCUUCUUUUCGGUUUCAAUAGUUUGACUUACUUUGACCUGAGUCCUUCACCUCUUCUGUUUAUUUUUCUUAUUUUCUGCCACAUACUCCUGGCUCGACAGUCAAUACUUCCCUAUUUCUUUAUUCUGUCCCCCCCCCACCAGUCUCUGUCUCUAUUCCUCACAAAUUAUCAGUGGCGCCACACUGACUCUGUCUCUCUGCCUCUUUCUUAUUUUCUCUAUCCCCUUUCUCUUGAUCUCCCUUAUUAUCUUAUUUCUUCAUUCGCCCGCCAAUUUCCUUUUAUUUGUCAUGCCAGGGUUGCAUAGAAAUUUGAAUACAAAUGACAGCUAAACACUGUAUGGUUGAUAUCAAGUACGCAGAGUGUGCGUGUGUGUGUGCGUGUGUGUGUGUGUGUGUGUGUGUGGGUGUUGGAGAAGGGCGGAAACCCCAAUCUGAACCUGCAUUAAUUUCCAUUAUGUGAGGAGUGGCUGCCACUGUUAAUCAGCACAUUAGAGCAGAAUGGAAAAGGAAGCUUCCAGGCUCUUACUUAGUCAUGAGUGUGUUCCCUGGGCUGGCUGUGACCUGCCACAAUCAAACCCCUAAUGGGAUUAUUCAUUAACAUGCCACUAAGUACUUGUGUCUUAAUAGGGCAGACUGUGGUGAUUAAACUGAAUGGAGAGCUACAGUAUUUUAUUUCAUCCCUCAAAAGCUUAAGCUGGUGUCUGACAAGUAACUACUAAAUGGCACUGCAUAUAACGUUAUACACUGUCAGUUAAUGUGCUUGCUACACCAUACUUCCUGGUUGUUCUUAUGAGUGCUAGGAAAUAAGUGUUAAUACUUUUGAGAAUGCAGAUCAUACUUAGCUGGUCAUCUAUUUCUGUCUCACUAAGAGGAAAAUAAAGCAACCCCGUGAACAUGGACGAAUAUAACAAAGUAGGAAAAGUUGUCUGUUAAAACAGACAUGCGGCAGCUUUUUUUUUCCCCCAAGCGUCUGGUGGUUACUGUAAAACCAUCAGUUUCUGACUUGACUGCGCUGUUGGAACGCGUCUGAGUUGACUGUUGCAGGAGAGCAUACAGUGUUUUAAGCACUUUAUAAUUAAUAUUACCAUUAAACUGAUUUGCAAAGUGUCAGAUUUGACUUUUUGUGUAGGCAUAUUUAAUCUAUUUUGCUGUCAAAAGGUUCAUCCCUUUUUUCACUUUUGGAUGAAAAGUGAUGUUUUUGACAAUAUUAAGCCAAAAUCUUUUCGGUGCAUCCUUAAUAAAUAUAGUUAACUGAUGUUAACUCGAUACUUGUCUUGGGUUAGAUAAGUCGAACAUACAUCGAAAGAUUUUAUUUCACAUUACAGAACUCAAAACAGACUCUGUUUACCUUGAUAGAAAGCAAGGCCACAUCUUUCAAGCGAGAAAACCGAGACGAGCCGAAAGCACCGGCCGAAAGAUUACUUAUGCGAGAUGGAGAUGAUUCAUUAAUAAUGAUUGUUAAUCACUGCAGAUUCAUAUGUCGAGUGGCUCUGCUGUCAUUAUUGAGGAGAAAAAAAGAAAAUGACAUGAAAAUACACAAACAUAACAAACAUUCAAAACGUUUUUGAAUACGUUUUACAGCAUUACAGCAUAGAGCUAUGUUACUUUCAAUAGAGUGUAAGCUUUUGAAACAUUACCUAUAUAGCUGUUUUAGACUGUUAGAGAGUUAGCCUCAUGCAACUGCUCUAUUUAUUUCUCUUUUACAAAUGGGAAUAUGCAAACAAAGGACUAUGGCUAUGCACCACAAGUUUCUUAACAUAUAGCUCUGUUCUCUGACAGGCGUCUGUGGGUGUUUUAAAGGAAUUUAAUUACCUUUGCUGUCACAUUUUAAAAGACAAAAGGGUUUGUGCAAUUUACGGGCUAAAACUGUGCAAUAUCGUUGCCAGUGACCAGAAAAAAAAGCAAAACAAAACACAUAGACUGGUGAGAGAAAGAAAUAAGUGGUGAAGGAGCACUGCUGCAUUUGGAAGACAAACAGAGUGAACUAUAAGUGACAGUUCUAUACUCUGAUUCAACUUUAUCUACACCUGUUCUAAAACAGUGCUUAUCUCUCCACUGUUUCUUUCAUGGACCUUUUACAGUACCUGAUCUUGUGAAUUAAUAAAAAACGGAGUGGAUAAAGUUGUAUUGUAAGCUGCAAAUGAAAGAUUCCACUCCUUGGCCUAACUAUUUGUAACUUUUCAUACAAGUUGGCUUGUGCAAAGUCGUAUGAAUUGUUGAAGUGAACAAUAUCCAUGACUGGACUAUUCCCAUAAGAAAAAUCCCCACUGUGUCACUGACUGUGUGAUUGCUAAAAGCGAACCCUUAAGCAAAUGUCUGCUGGCAAGUACAGACCUCAGGCCUGUUUGAACAUGACUUCUGAUUACAUCAUCCGAAGACUUGCUAUUGCAAUCCUCAGCCGAGCUACAUGCAGGCGGCUGAAGUCUUUGUCAGAGGCAUUGCUUGUUCAAGAACUUCCUCUGAUCUGUUGUCUUGAUGUUUUGUUACACACGUUACACAUUUUACAGAGGGAUUUAUUGCCCUCAGGACACUACAUCGUGACAAUUUGGAUAUAAUUCAGAGCCUGUAAUUCUGAUUAGAAUUAAUUAUGUAUAAAAGAAUAUAUAUCUGGGGUCCCUGGAGGACAACUGGUCAGGCCACAGCGCUCUCACUGCUGCAGCCCAGGUUCAAUUCCAACCUCAACCACUGGAGUUGCAUGCAACAGUGUGCUCUCAGUGCCAGUCCAAGCCCAGAUACAACUGGGGAGGGUUGCAUCAGGAAGGGCAUG